AUAAAGUGUUCCGAAGUCAGGAAAGAAUAUAUUAUUGUAUGAAAAAGAAAAAAAAAGGAAGGGUCGAAGAGAAAGAAAAACCUCCUGCCCUCUAGAAGGAUUGGAUUUACAGUGCACCAAAAUCUUCCUAUUCAAUUUUCCAGUGCAAGUUCAUAGCAGGUCGAGGAUCUGUCUGGCAGGUACAGAGUUAAAGGCAUCAUCGCAGCCAUUAGAGGGAAAAGUUGAAGCAAUGCAAGCACAGCGGAGUCCUCCAGCCCUCCCCUUUUGCCCACUCCCCACUUCUCAGGCUGGUUCAGUGUUUAGGGAGAGCAGUGAUCACGCAGUCCUGAACAGCAGGCUGACGUUGAAUGAGCUGCCAGGUAUCUGAAAACAGGCAACCAAGGGAGCAGAGAUCCACUUUCCACCGUUUCUACUCGGGAUCUGGACUUGUAGCCUCACAGCGACCAAGCCAGCCUAUUUUAUCUUUCGUGCAUCGCGAUACCCUUUCCCCAAAGACAAUCCACCCGCUGAGUAGAAACAGAAUGCUUUCAGUGUCGCAUCCAGGGAGACAACGCAGAGUAUUUUUAUAGAUUUGCACGGAUUUCUUCCAGGGCAUUUGGGUGUCGGUUACCCUGAUGUGACUUUUCCUUUCCACUUUGGAAUAAUGGGGAUCUUUUUGGCUUAUGUUGGAUUCAUUUUCUUUUCCGUUUUAUAUAUACAGCAAGGACUUUCUUCUCAAGCAAAAUUUACCGAGUUUCCUCGAAAUGUUACAGCAACUGAGGGGCAAAAUGUGGAAAUGUCAUGUGCUUUCCAGAGUGGUUCUGCCUCAGUUUACCUGGAAAUCCAGUGGUGGUUCUUGCGGGCAGCUGAGGACCAGGAGGCUGGAGCAGAGGUGACAGGAACUCAGGUGGAGCUCUUGCCAGAAAGAGACCUAGAUAAUGAUGGAACAAAAAUCAGCACAGUAAAAGUACAAGGGAAUGACAUCUCCCACAAGCUUCAGAUUUCUAAAGUAAGGAAAAAGGAUGAAGGUUUAUAUGAGUGCCGGGUGACAGAUGCCAACUAUGGAGACCUUCAAGAAUACAAGGCACAGGCCUACCUUAAAGUCAAUGCAAACAGCCACUCUCGGAGAAUGCAGGCCUUUGAAGCCUCUCCCAUGUGGUUACAAGACAUGAAACCCCGAAAGAACAUCUCUGCGGCCGUCCCCAGUAGCAUCCACAAUUCUGCUAAUCAGCGAAUGCGCUCCACCUCCAGCCCUCAAGCUGCAGCCAAAAUUCCCAAACAAAGUCCACAAUCAGUGCAUGCCAAGACAUUCAUGAGCACCAGAGCUGGCGAGCUAAUUAAGUAUAUAUAUGUAUGUGUUUAAAACAGCCUAAUAAGGAGCAUUGGAAAUCUGCAAGAUGAGCGAAUAUCUUAUAACUUCUUCCGCAGGUGCGAGGAUAGCUACAAGCCAUGGACUUUCUGUCCUGCUUCUUGUUUGUGGCUUUGUGAAGGGUGCUUUGCUUUAAUCUAAAGUGCUGACUUUUUUCCAAUAUCACUUUCUCUUCUUAAAGCAAAGAGCAAAUCGCCUGUAAAAUCUUCGGAGCGGACAGCAAAGUUGACCCUAAUCUCCAACCACCACUCUGCACCCAAUGUACUCUAAUUCUCUACACAAGGAGCACCUUCUUCAGGAAGUUUAAAAAACAAAACAAAACAAAACAAAACAACAACAAAAAAAAUUAAAAAACAAAAAAAGAUAAAAAAAAGAAGAGGAUUGCCCAUGUUUUAUUAAUAUUUUCUUUGGCAGAACACUGAGCUUUUAGUUCAAGAGGACUGGUGAGAAGGGAUAGGACAUUUUGUAACAGCAAGACUUGUUUUCCUUUUCUUUUGGCCAGUGACUGCUCAGGGGUUGGCCUGUAAGUCAUCAGUAUAAUAAGAGUUUGCUGCUGCGGAUAUCCUUGAUUUCCACUAGGUAACAACCGUUUCUCCACCAGAGGCAAACAGAGACCAAAAAAUAAAUAAAUAAAAUACUACAGCAUAUCCUCAAACAUCAAUCAAAACCUACCUUUUGGGGAGGGAACAGAAAUAUCGACAUGGCAAACCAACUAUAGAAAAUUAAUUUAAUGCAGAAAAAAAUAAACACAUGGACAUGAACGGAGUGAUUUUCUUGUAUUUUUUAAAGAUUUUUCUUCACUUGUGUUGGGGUUCUUUUUUCUUUUCUCUUUUUUUUGGGGAGGUGGUUUUUCUAUUUCUUGUUCAAUGGUGGCAAGUGCUGACUAAGGCCAAUCCCUGUUAACUGCGUGGAGGUUUCUAUAAAUACAUUUUUGAGUGUUCUCUAUUUCAUGGUGUUUUACCUAAUUUUGCAAUUCCUGUAUAUGCAAAACUGACAUAAAUUCUGUAAAUUGCUUACAGUACAUGUGAUAUAACUUCAAAAUAGGCAUACUAUGAUCCUCAUGCAAGCCAAUUUUAAUAUAAUAUAUAAAUAUAUAUGUAGUGCCACCAACAAACAUCUUUAUUUACUUUUCUGAUGAAGCAUACUAUUUUAAUUUGUAAUUCAGCAUUGUGUAGAUUUUAUAAUACAUGAAUUCACUUCCACUGCUUUUACACUUGCAAAUGUCUGCUAAUUUCUGUAAAAUGCACAUUAAAAUUUGUUAUGGUCUCUGAAAAAAAAAGAACUAUUUCAGUUGUGUGUAUAAUGUGUUGGAGUUUAAUAUAUGUCCUUUUUACUUAUGUGUUUUUUGGGUUUGAGGGGGUCUUUUCCCCAGAAGAAUGUAAAAUUUUUUGUUACAAAGAUUAUACAUAGAAAAAAGGGGAGGAAUUGACAUGUCUCCUCCAAGAAGAUUUGCUUGUAAUGUGAACAUAGGGGAGGGAAUGUGAUCACAUUGCUUUUUUGAAGUUCACUGAGAACUUUAGUUCUUAUGACUAAAAUCAUUGUUCUUUCCCUCAUCUUUUCUGGAUCUCUGUAGCACCAUUAUCUGGUAAUAUUCCAUUAAUCAAAUUUCUUUCUGUCUCUAAAGUGAAAAUUAAAUUUGGUUGCUGUAUGAAAAUAAUAUGUACAGAUAAAGGAAAAUAACUGAUCAAAAGUAGAGGGUUCAUCUUUCUUUGGUGAAGUGAGAAUGUUUGAUUAUCCUACUUUUGCUUCUUAAAAAAAUAACAUAUUUUUCUUUAUCAUCUAGUUUCUCUCCUGGAAAAGAGAGACAUGACUGUAAUUGUGUCCAUGUAAGCUCUACAAUAUGUGUCAGGAGAGAAAUAUGAAUGAUUGGAGGUGUCCUUUGAUACUUGUUAAAUUAUUCUUUCUUUCUGAAGAGGGAAGAUAAUCUAUUAAUGAUCACUUCCUGCUCCUAUUUGGAGGGCCUGAACUGAAGUUUUAAAGUCAUUGUAUAUUUUGCAAUUUACAGGUAAUGCACUGACUAGUUCUGUGAUACAAUAAUGAAAAUGCAAACAUGGUUCAAUGCUUUCAAUAUGACUGUCUGAGAAAUUUUGUCUUGUCUCACUAAUUUCUUCUCUCUCCACUUCUUGUUCUGUUUGGUACUCUGGUGUUAUAGAAUCUCAUAAGAAAAGCUAAAGAAAAAGAGAUUUUGAUUACACUGGAACAGAAGGAGGUUUUAUUUAUCAAAAAUACAUUUUCCUUUAAAAUUAUGUUUACCAAAAUCAUGGAAAAGUGGUAAGAAAAUGUGUUUUUAACCAAAUCAAACAGGACCAAAGUUUCUGCUAAAUGUUAACCUGAGACUCCCUCUGAGAUUAAUGAAUAAAUAUAGCAAUGUAGAAUUGGGCUCAGCCACACAACAUUAAUGAAUGGGGGAAAUUUGUCCUAACCCUAAAACUGAAGGUCUGGAAGUUCAAGCAUUGAGAUUAGUCAAAUUUAGGCUUGUAAUCUUUAGGCUUGUAAUUUUCCUAAUUGCUGUUAAGUUUGUUCAGUGUAAAGUGAUGCUGUCUAGUCAGGAAGGACAUAAUAAUAGAAAUAAAUCUGUCCUUGCCCAAAUCUAGUGAAUUCAGCUCCACCACUGACUUACUGAGGGUCAUUUCCCUUGAAAGAUCAUUUGCACAUCAUAUAGUGGCCCCAAAAUUAACAAUUGAUUAAGUAUCUUAAACAUUGUAAUAGAAACUAGAAAUUGUUAAGGAGGCCUUCAAAUAUUUUAUGCCUCACACUGUGUCCUUCUGGGACUCUGACUUUGUAUGUAACCAUGAUUAUGGCAAUACAAAUAAAGGUUGGAAAAAUUGCUAUCUGAAUUUCUCAACAUUGGUUUCAAAAGUCAUGUGUUGGCUUUAAUAAAAGGAAAUGAUGAUAAUUUCAAAAGAUAUUCUCCCCUAAUCUCAAUUUGUAUUACUCUUUUGCUUUUUGACUCUUUAUUUGGUAUUUAUUCCCUCCUUAGUUCCAAAAGGAUUCAACAUAGUUUCUAAUCUUAUAAUAAUUUAAAGUUAUACCAUUUCAUGAAUGUAUACAUUUCACUUACUUAUUCACACAUAUAUCUACUCAGUCUUUUAAAAGUUCUGUGACUCUUCUCCCAAUUAUUUCCUUUGUGGCUAAUCUCCUGGAGAUGAUCUCCUUAAAAUUUAUUAAGGCUGGUUUUCAGAUAAGUGAAAUUCAGUCCAUUAACAGGUACAUUUAUAAAGGGGUUCCUUUAUUUCUCCUUUGGUUUUCCAAUACUCAUCAGAUGUCAUGUCUACUAUCAUAAGCUUUGAGAACUCAGGAUGCCUUUCAUGACAUGAUAAAGUAUUCAUAAGUCUUAAUUGGAAGAAAAUAAAAAAUAAGGGUAAAAAUUGGAUGAAGGAUCCCCCAAAAUCAUAUGAGUAUAUUAUUAUAAUUUUGUGAGCCUGAAUUUAACUAUGAAGUUUUUGAUAGCUAAAGAAAAAAGGGAAAAAUAGAAUAUUUUUAAAAGCAAAUAUACAAAUCCAUCUGGAAAGUUGAACUUUUUUUUCUUGACAUUGUAUGCAAGUGGAUGGAUUAAUGGGAGCCUCCCCUUAUUUAAAGGUCAUUGGAACACUGAGUCAGCAAUAUUUCAGUUUCAAGAAAGAUGGGGAAAGUAUUAUGAUUCUUUUAACUUUGAAAGAUCAGUGCAUAAUAUUAAAUCAUCUUAAUUUGGUAAAGACAUUUUAUAUCUACAUGAUUUGUUUUCUUGUGGCUUUUUUUUUGUUAAAAUUCUGUAGUCAAGAGACUUUCAUUUAGAAAUAGUAUAUCCUCUUGAGUUGUUCAACAUUUCACAAAAUACAAUGGAAUCUAGAUUAUUUUAUCUAUUGCUUUAUUUCUGCCUCUAAAUAAGCUUCUCUCCUGAAAUCCAAUGAAAAUCACUGAAUGACAACAAAAAUAUUAUUAAUUCUUCCUAAGCCAAUGACUAGCCCAACACCUUGUUUCUGUAGAGUCUAGUUAUCUUUUGGAGGGAGUAGAAGAGUGAUUGUAGAAAUACUAGAAAAUAAAAUUUGUAAAAGAGAUAAACAAUCCACCAUGUAUAAAUUAUAACUCUUUGAAUAUUGAUUUAACAUUUCUGAAAAGCAAAAAAUAUUAGGCUUUUCAGGUAACCAUCUUAUUACUGCAUGUGUGAUUUAGUACAGUUUUCAAGAGACCUAUCAUAUAAAAAUAAGUACCAAAGUCAUUAGAAUAAUUAAAAUUUUCCCCAAAUAAUAAUUUUUUAAACCCUUACCUUCAGUCUUGGAAUCAAUACUGUGUAUUGGUUUUAAGGCAGAAGAGUGGUAAGGGUUAAGCAAUGGGGGUUGCUCAGGGUCACACAGAUGGGAAGUAUCUGAGACAAGAUUUGAACCUAGGACCUCCCAUCUCUAGGCCUGGCUCUCAAUCCACUGAGCCACACAGCUGAACCCUCACCAACUUAUUCUUAAUUGUGUUCAAAACUUGAUAGAAAGAAGUGACAGAUGAUUGUAAGGGCUUUGAGUCUGAAAAGUAUGCUUGAUUCAUUAUAUAAACACAAGCCUCCCCACCAACCAGUUCCUAAUAAAUAAUUUCUUAUUUUUGUUGGAAAUAAUAUCAUCAUUUCAGUCAUGCAAAUUUGUCCUUCUUUCUUCUUCCACUCAUCCUCACUUCAUAUAUAUCUAAACAGUUACUAAGGCUUGUGGGUCUAAACUUGAUGACAGCUAGAUAUGGCUCAUUGUAACAUUUCACAGGGCCACUUCUCUAUUUCCUAUCUUCAAAAUCUUUUACCAAGAUUAUCUUAAUAUCAUCAUAAUGGGUUUUAUUUUCUUUCACCUUUCUUUUAUCCAUCCCCCACAUAAUUUAAAUCUGAUAUUACUAAGGCAAAUGUUUGACCAUGUCACCACUCCCCUUCUUAACAAAAAUCUCUAUACCUCAAUAUUUAUUCUUGGAUUUAAUAUGAAUUUCUCUGAAUAGUAUUUAAGGUUCUUUACUAACUGACUCUAGAUGAUUUUUCUAGGCUUAUUACAAUUUACUCCUUAUUAGACAUCUAGUAUUCCAUCCAAUCUAAUCUACUUACUAAUUCCCAAACAUCAUAUUAUUUCUUCUGUCUCCAAGAAUUAUACAUGAUAUACAGACUUAUUUUUUCAUGAAAAUCAUAACUUUGUCAUACCUACAAUUUCAGGACUCCCAACUUCCCUCAAAGCCCAGUUCAAAUGCUGUCACCUAUAUGAAGUCUUUACUAAUUUGCCACCAUAUGCUAAUGCCCCUGUUCCCUCGAUAUUUACUUAUAUUUUUAUGUGGUAUUUCUUCCAGAAGUAAAAACAUAGAUGAAAGGGAUUCUGCUUUUCUUUUUAUAUUUCCAGUGAUAAGCACAGUGCCUUAUGUAUAGUAGUCAAUACAUCUUCUUUGAAUAGCUAGUAAAGUUUUCAGAGGUCAAAAGAAAAGAGAAAUACAAUCUACUAUUUUGUUCAACAACCAUUUCUCCCAAUGUAUAUUCAAAUAAUUUUGUUUAUUACAUCAUUAUUUGCUAUUACACAUAACUAUUUACUAGGUCUUAGCAUCUCAAGUACAAUAUGCUCAUGAAAAAGUUUUACCAAGAUGGGGGAAAAUGUACAUUUACUAUGGAAAAAAAUAAAACUGAAAAAUGUCUUUCAUCCAUUAUCAUAUAUGAAAUAUAUAUCAAAUAUCUUUUUUUAAUGCCAUUCUCUACAGUUCAAAACUGAAAUUUCCCCAAAGAAUUUAAUUCUUGAAUUCGAUUUUUGUCUAGUUUUUUUUGUUAAUAUUAAGAAUGAAAUGAAGGGAGAAGGAAAUAAAUAUUUAUAUAGAAUCUACCAUGUGCCAGACACUGUAUUUUACCCUUUUACAAAUAUUAUCUCUUUUUAUUAUCCAGUAAUCCUAUGAGGUAGGUGUUAUAGUUAAAGCUCAAUUUUAUAACUUGGAAACUGAGGCAAAUGGAUUAAAUACUUUUCCCAAUAUCAGAGGACCUAUUUGAAUUCAACUUCCAGACUUUGGGCCCAGUACUCUACCCACUGCACCACUGGCUGACUCAAGAUGAAAUGUUUUCUUCCUCUUGUUUUUUUUAAAUAUUAAAAACGAUAUAACAUAUUUUUCCUCCUUUCUUUAAAUAUUAUGAAUUAAAACACCUAGUAUUGGACCAAAAUAGACAUCAAUUUUACAUAUCUCCCCACUAAUAUGCAAAAACCAAAAAUAAAACUGCAAAUAUGAUUCUACCUGAACUUGGAAUUGAGUUGGUCAUUUUUUUUUGUUUCCAACAACCAUUCAUUGAAGAACUCUCCUAAUAUCAUUUUAUUUCUCCUUCAGAUAGAGAGGGAAUCUUAAAUUUUCUUUAGGGUUCAUACAUUCUUUCUAUUAGCCCAUAUAUAGGAUAAUCUUGGAAAGGAUUGUUUUUUUUUUUUCAUAGCUUGGUGCUUUAAUCAAGCUUGUAAGAUGAUAUUUAGUCAAAUUGUUUCAAUAUACUUACAUUAGUUGAAUAUUUUAAUAAAUAAAUUGAUAUAGGGUACUUAAAAACAAGUAAAAACCAUACUUAAAAAUAGAUGAGGAAGUUAUGAUAUAGUGAAAAUAAUAUGAAUCUGGGUUCAAAUCUCAGCUAGCAAUUUAGCUCCAUGCAACCUUAGAAAGAUACUUCAUUUUUCUUUGUUUCAGUUUAUUUUCAAAUUAUGUUGGAUUAAGUGGUCUUUAAGAUUUUUUUUCAAGUCAUAAAUUCUGUGAUAUUUAGGUGACAGGUAAUGUCACAUGGAAAAAAUUAAUCUACAUUUUAGGUAAUAUAAAAUCAGUUAGUAUUUUGUAACUGUAGCAUUUAACAAAAUACCAGAGGAGGAAGGUUAUAUAUUCAAAUAAAGUAAAAUUAUUUUUAUAAAGCUGAUAGAAAGUGGAUGCUUGACCAGUAAUAAAGUGAAUUUGAUAUUUUCACCUUUAUGCAAGAGAGAAGACAGAAGACAUUGCUAUUAGUUAUUUUACAAAAGAAUGGAUAUUUUAAUUUGAUAACAUAAACAAAUUAAUUUCAAUGCAUAUUUGUGUUACCAUGCAAGUUGAGACUGUGGAAAAUGUCAACAUUAGUUCAUGAGUUAACCAAAGAAACACAAUUAUUCUUAUAUCCCCCCAUGCAACUCACACAUUUAUUCACAUACAUCAAAAAAUCUAGAGGAAUAUAUGCCCAUAAACUGAAUUAAAAAGUAAUAUCUACACAUUUAAAAUGCUAAUAAUUACUGAACUGGUUUUCAGCAUCCUCAUUUACUCAUAAAGGUCAUUUAUUUUUGUUUUCUCAAGAGAAAGGCAUGUUUUAUGUAUACAUAUAUGUAUAAUUCUAAGCUAUAAGUGAAGGAGGAAAGGUGCAAGGGAGGGAAUGAGUGAAGGAAGAAGAAAUUAUCAUGUUGUAGGCACAUUCACUCCCUUCUAGUCUAGUGUGAAACAUCUUAAAAUUUAACUAGAUUGUUUCUAAAUGACAGAUGAAACUUUUGUCAUUAAGAUAGUACUUUACCCCAUCCCUGAUUGCCGAGAUUGACAGAAAUUGUACAUCAUUCAUGUUUCCUUUAAGAUUCAAGGGAUUAAAGGAUCACUGCAAAGUCAUGAUGAGUAAUAAUGUAUAGAACAUCACUAGAAGAUUAUCUAUACUAAUAUAUUAAAAUAAAAUAGAUUACUCUAUUUCUCUAACCAGCGUUCUUUUUGAAUUGUAUAUUCUUUGUUAUAUAAAUUGUCUUAUUCAGAACAGUAUUCCAGACUACUGUAGAAAAGUAUUUUACCAAAUGAUAGUAUUAUUGAUAUCAGGUCAAUACUUUUUCUCCCAAUAAAUUUUAAGCACAUUCUGACAGCAUUAAAUUAAAUAAUGAUUCCAACUCUUACACAAAAUAUUUGUAUGUACCCAUGAUGUUUACAUUGUUCUCUAUGUAUUUAAGUGAACAUUAAAUGAUUCAGAGCAAGCAUCUUUUGACUUAGAGCACAAGAUGGUAUUGUUUGAAUGACAAAACUAUUUGUAAAUGUUGAGUUUUGUUUACAUAGCUAAAGGAAUUAAGAUCUCUUAAUGGAAUUACAUUUUUCUGAAAUGUAAAUUGGUAAAGGUUAAUCAGCUUCAUAAGUAUAAUUAAAAAUGACUAAGGAAGAAGAAAUUAUUUAAGCCACUAGCCUCUUUUUUGAGAUGUUUUAUUUUUCUCCCCUCAUGCAUUUAGAAAUAAAUUAACUAACCUGCUUUUCUUUCUAAAAAGUAUUCUAUCCCUUCACCUUUAAGAAAUUUGGCACCCAUGUCUCAAAUGUUCUGUCUUCUAUACUUACCUUUUUGAGCUACUUUUCAGACUUAGCUCAAGUGCCCUCUCCACUAAACUUACAUGCAACUUUGUAUUCAAUUGAUUUCAUCAAUGUAUUUAAUUCCUCAAAUUUUUAUUAAAUAGAUUUUAUUCACAAAAUACAGUGCUAUCUAUUGGAGAUACAAAAAUUACAAAACAAACAAUCUAUGUAUUUCAGGAGCUAACAAUCUAGUACUAAGAUGAUAUAUGUAAGUCAUUUUCCCCACUAGCAAUUUGAAAAAGUCUACAUAAGGGAAGAAGCAAUUGAGUCACCAAGAAGAAAACAAGAAUUUAAACAGGCAUGGAGAAAUUGAGACAACAUGCCCCCAUGUUUAUACUGCUGUUUCUUAAUCUCUUGGAACUUGAAAUGUAUUAAAAUUUUGUUGGUACUCAUGCUUUUCCAUAGCAGAAAUGAAUUGUGCUUUUUGAUGAAUAUUUGUUUCCUCCUAUUCAUUCAUCUGGUCUUACAAACAUUCUUGUAUUUCUAUAAAUCACAAAAAUCUCUUUUGUAUAGCUAUAUUACCAUUAUCAACAUGAUAAUUUAUAAACUCUUCACAUUAAGUGAAUAGAAUAAAAUGUUGACUAUUGUAGGAACAAGAUAUAUUAUGGACUUUGGAAGAGAUACAAAGAAAUAUUCUACUAGAUAAUUGCUUGUAAACAUGGUGACUUUGUACAGUGUCACUAAGCCUGAUCUUUUAAAAUUCUGAAUAUCUUGUCUUAUGGAACCUCAUACAUUAUGCCUAAAUGCAUGGCUUAGUCACCUACAAUUUAUUCUUUAUAAAACAUAACAUUAUGGAAAGAAUAAUGAAUAUUAAAACUGUAAACUAAUAUAUGAAACUUAAUUUUGCUAAUUACUUGCUCUGUGAACCUGAGAAAAUCAUUCUAAUUUUCAGGGUCCUAUUUUUCUGAUCUGUAAAAUAAGAGGUUUAGACAGGAAUAUAAUUCAAGUGUGGGAUAAAGCCUGUGUAUUUUUUUAAAGAAGUAAGGUCCAGUUUUUAUUUUUGUCAAGAUAACAGUUCUGUUAUUAACUUAAGAUAUCUAUAUGAUUAUAUAAAUAGUAAAUAAACAAAGACAUUAACUUUUAAAACAAAACAUUUUUUCUUAUUUAUUUUUUGUUAUGUUAAAUAUAGCUUGCCCAAAGGAUCACAUCUUGGGGAUGCUACAAGUACUAUGGUGUUUUUAUCCCAUUUCAUACUAUUUUUUAAUUUAAAAGAUUAACAUAAAUUCUACAUGUUACUUUACAUAUGUAUACAUAAAUAUACAUACAUACACACAGAGAGAAGAAAGGAGAGGAUUUGUGAACUCUAAACUAAAAAAAAUGAAUGUUAAAUUUAUUUUAAUUAUAAUAGGGGAAAUACAAUGUCAUUUUAACAAUCCUGUGAAUUUUUAAUUAAAACUCAUGAUCAGUAAUUUGAAGAAUUAUCAUUUUAAAGAAAAUAUUCAGAGAAUUCUAAAGAUUGCCUGUUAUAUCUUUAUAUAACCAUGUCUGUGAUUCUUUUUGGAUAGUGACCUAAGAAUUACAAGAACAGACGACCUUAUUUAUUAUAUUUUUUAUUGUCUUCAUGAGAUUCCUAAGAAUUAGGGUAGCAAAUGCUUCCUUACUUAAUUUCUCAUUUUCAUUAACAUAAUUUAUUCUUUCUAUCAUUCCUUAAAGAGAAUGAACUGCAUCCCCUCUCAGAGAUAUAAUGUGUUUAUUUUAAUGUACCUGAAGUUCUGUAAAUUGUUCAUUUCUUCAGUUUUACUGGGACAAAACUCCAUGUUUCUGAAAGGUAUUUAAUUUGGAUUUCAUCUAUAUUGAAAGUGUAAAUUUUAGCUUAAAAAGAAGAGUUUCAUUUGAUUUUGGAUUAGAGUAAAAUAUACAUAUUCAAAAUUAAAUUUUUAUAACAAUACAUCACUCAAUUAACCAUUAUAAUUCAAAAUGUCAAUAAGAAUUUGAGAUUGAGAUUUGCUUUAGUAAAACUUAAAAUGCAAUUAUUAAUCUACCUAAACCCAAGUAGUACCCGACUGGACUUUCAAAAUAGAUAGUUCUUCCAAAACCUUUUCUGUUACUGUUACUUCUAUUUAUUUUCCUUUGUAAAACAUCAAUUUUGAUGCCAAACUGACACAUGAUAAAAUUUCUUAGUAGGAUAGAGAGCACAUAGAUUAAUAAUUUGUCUAGACCCUCAUUUCCUUAUUGGAGAAUAUUUUCCAUGUGGUUCAAAAUCAAUUAAAAUAUGUUACUUAUUCCCAAAGUAACAAAUAAAUAAUAAACUAAUUAAAUAUGUAAUUCCACAAAAGCACAAAUAUUUAACCUUGGUCUUUUUUUUUGGUUGUUAGUUCUGUUGUUGUUGAAAAAAACAAGAUCACUAGAAAAUAUUCUAUCAUUAUUUAUUCUCUGAAUGUCUAACUGGUCAAUUGUGUUGCAUUAGUGAGCCAUGUUAAAUAAUGAUUAAAUUGGGUUAUAAAUUCAAUCUUUUACUUUCUGUAGACACAGCUUAUAUUUGUUUCUACAUUAGUGAAAUUAUGUACAUUUACAUUGAGAAAAACACAUUUCUUAGUAUGUGUAAUAAACCUAAAAUUUUUGCCUACCA